AUGGCCAGCCCACCACCGCCUGUCCCCGAGGACCAAACCCGCCUCCUUGAGGAGGCAUUGGGUGUUGUGAGGCAACAGUCUGCGAUGAUGCGCAAAUGUCUAGAGACUCCUGGAAAGCUUAUGGAUGCGCUAAAAUGCGGAUCUACUCUUGUCUCUGAAUUGCGAACCCCCAGUCUUGGUCCGAAGCAGUAUUAUGAACUGUACAUGGCUGUCUUUGAUGCGCUGCGACACUUAUCUGUUUACCUCAAGGAGAACCACCCGGUUAAUCACCUAGCCGACCUGUACGAGCUAGUUCAAUACGCCGGCAACAUUGUCCCCCGCUUAUACCUCAUGAUUACGGUGGGUACUGUUUACAUGUCAGUCGAGGAUGCGCCCGUCAAGGAGAUCAUGAAAGAUAUGAUGGAGAUGAGCCGGGGUAUUCAGCACCCGAUCCGCGGCCUGUUCCUACGAUACUAUCUUUCCGGCCAAGCGCGCGACUUUCUUCCAUCUGGUACCAGCGAUGGGCCCGAGGGAAAUUUGCAGGAUUCCGUCAAUUUCGUUUUGACCAACUUCGUGGAAAUGAACAAGCUUUGGGUUCGACUGCAACACCAAGGCCCUUCACGAGAGCGAGAAAGACGGAUACAGGAGCGACGCGAACUUGAGCUACUUGUGGGUAGUAAUGUUGUUCGUCUUAGCCAGCUCGUAGAUCUCGAAACGUACAAGUCCGGCAUUCUUCAGGCGCUUCUGGAGCAGGUUGUGCAAUGUCGGGACGUUUUGGCGCAAGAAUAUCUUCUGGAAGUGAUCACGAAGGUAUUCCCAGAUGAGUUUCAUCUUCAUACUCUCGACCUCAUGUUGUCCGCCAUUGCGCGACUCCACCCGUCUGUCGACCUGAAGAAGAUCGUGAUCGGACUGAUGGACCGCCUAUCCACAUAUGCAGCGAAAGAAGCAGAAUCAACAUCUGAGCCAGAAUCGAGGAAAAAGAGCGAGGAAGAUGCGGUCACACGACUAUUGCAGAAACUCGAGCUUGAUAAGGAGUCCAAAAAGGAGGAAUCAACUGACUCUGCAAACGAAGCUAAGGCUGAAGAUAAUGGAACUGAUGGAGCUGAAGGAACCGAGGAACCUAACAAGCCAGAGGAUUCUUCUGAACCCGAACCAGCAAAGAAUGAAGAAGCAGCCUCUGCGGCAGUUGAAGAUGAAAAUGCUAUUGUCCCAGCAGAAGCAAAGCUGUAUGAUAUCUUCUACGAGCAAGUGGUCAACUUGAUCAAGACUCGUGCUUUGCCGAUUCAAGAUACCAUGGCGCUCUUGGUAUCUCUCGUUAACCUUGCACUCAAUAUCUAUCCUGACCGAUUGGAAUAUGUCGAUCAGAUACUCAAUUUUGCGACUUCUAAGACUGCCGAAUAUACAGAUCAUGCUGAUCUGCACUCCGCGCCGACCCAGCAGCAUCUUCUUCACCUUCUCAACGCUCCUCUUACAUCUUAUGUCUCGAUAUUUACGGCAUUGGCCUUGCCGCACUAUCUGCCACUUCUUACAGCGCAGUCAUACCCCACCCGGCGAUCUGUUGCAGGUGAGAUCAUUCGCAGUCUCCUCAAAAAUAAUAUUCAUAUCACGAAUACCGAAAACCUGGAAAGCGUGCUGCAAGCCGUGAAGGUCUUGAUUAAGGAGGGCAUGCAACAGUCUGUGGGAUAUCCAGGGGUGCAGUCUCAGCGUCGCGGAGGAGAAACAGAGGAAACUAUUGAAGAGCAAGGAUGGCUCGCAAGACUGGUUCACCUGCUUCGCGGGUCCGACAACGAUAUUCAGCUCAAGCUUCUCCAAGCGACACGCAAGGCAUAUGCAGAGGGUAACGAGCGUAUUCGUUACACCACACCUGCCAUUGUUACUGUUUCGAUUCGUCUAGCCAGGAAACUCAAGACACGCGAGCACUUGGAUGACAAUUGGCAAUCGCAAUCUUCAACACUUUACCGAUUCCUUCACCAGUGUAUCAACAGUCUUUACCAACGGGUCAACCCAGGCUGUGCAGAUUUGGCGCUUCGCCUGUUCGUGAUGUGCGGUGAAGUUGCCGAUCAGACCGGCUUCGAGGAAGUCAGCUAUGAGUUCUUCGCGCAGGCUUUUACCAUCUACGAGGACGCUAUUAGCGACUCACGGGCUCAAUUCCAAGCAGUCUGCAUCAUUGCCGGUGCUCUGCACGGUACUCGUAGUUUCUCGAAGGAGAAUUAUGAUACACUGAUCACCAAGGCUGCUCUACAUGGAAGCAAACUUCUCAAGAAGCCUGAUCAGUGUCGUGCGGUCUAUCUUGCAAGUCACCUCUGGUGGGUUGUGGAAAACCCCCAACGUGGCGAAGAAGACCCUAAGGGUCUUUACCGAGAUGGCAAACGCGUGCUUGAGUGCCUGCAGCGUGCACUCCGCGUUGCCGACGCCUGCAUGGAUACCGCAGUAUCUGUUGAGCUCUUCGUCGAGAUCCUGAACCGCUACGUAUACUACUUCGACCAGCAAAACGAAACUGUCACGACAAAGUAUCUCAACGGACUGAUCGAACUCAUCCACUCUAACCUACAAUCCAACGAAGACGAGCCAAACCCGAGUAUUGAAGGGCCGAAGCGCCAUUUCGAGCGUACUCUGGACUACAUCCGGACCCGAGACUAUGAGGGUGUCGUGACAGAGCGACAGUAG